UCUGUGUGGAAGACUAUUUCAACUUUUAUUAUUUUGCGACUUGUAUAUCUGUUCUUUGAUUUCUUGAUAUACACAAUUAUUAUUCUUUAUUGGACCAAAGUACAGGUGGACAACAACAAGCAAUCAUUGUUAUCAGAAUCAACAAAAACCUUGUAUCCAUCAUCGCGCAUAACAACAGCAAGGACAAUAUUGGCAGGUGUAAGUCUAAAACUGCUGUAAGCAUUGAGUAGGGUUAGCAUCAGUUUAUUCCGGAAUAGCAUCAUCCCUUACCAGCAUCAUGGAGAAUGAACCGGAAUCAUUUCGAUUCAGGAUUAUACAAACUGUUUGGCUCUUCUAUGGCUUCUUUCUUAUAGGCUUUAAUAAUGGCAUCCUUGGACCUACAUUAAUAGAUCUACAGAUUUUAGUUCAAGUGGAGAUGAAUCUCAUUACAUACAUCUUUUUUGUUGCUGGUGCUGGAUUCAUAAUGGGAAUUUUACUGUGUUUUGUGGCUGAGCGAUACUGCAGCUUGCGAGUUGUCCUAGCCGUGUCGAUAGGACUUGGAAGUGUUGUAAACAUUGUAUUAACAUUGAGCUCCAGUUAUGUGUAUCUCAUGAUUUUGUUCUUUCUACAAGGUUGUACCAAAGGAAUCGCAGAUUACGCCAUCAUGACUGUGUGUAAUUCAUUAUGGAAAGACAGUAAAGGUGUAUCAUUCCAGUUCGUGGCACUGGGUGGUGGUAUCGCGUCAUUCUUAGCGCCCUUUAUAGCUGAACCAUUUUUAGCAGGUAAACACUCGGUUAGUUACAGUCAAGCCACCGUGGAUCACCCUAUAUAUACGUUGCAACGAGGACAUUACGUUAGUUCUCCGUACGGUACUGUGAUAUGUACCAAUUACACAUUAACUGGCGAACCGUCUUGCUAUACCUACGGUGAAACUCAAGUACAAGGAGCAUACAUUAUAAUCGGGAUACUAUCCGUCCCUCCUGCAAUUGCGUUUGCCUACUAUUACUACUUUGAGAGACGGAAAGGCGUAAUUCCAUAUGAAGAAUUUAAUCGUGUAUCAUUUGGAACAUUUCAUAAGGGAUCAGUUCUGUAUCUGUCCCUUCUAUUCCUUUUUCACAUUCCGAUAUUUGGACUAUGUUUGGCAUACGGGGAUUUAUUGUCACCUUUUGGAGUGGAGGGCAAACUUCAAUUGAAUAAAUCCAAAAUGGCGACUAUGACGUCAUUAUUUUGGGGUUCGUUUUUGUUAGGACGUGUUGCUAACUUAGUUCUGUCUAGAUAUUUGAAUCUCUUUGCUCUUCUUUUGAUGAACUUUGCUGGGCUGUUGAUAUCUGUUAUUGUUUUGGUUGUUGUUGGCGAAAAGCGUGAAGACGUUCUAUGGAUUGGUACUUCUAUUCUUGGAGUUUUCGCGGCGACAUAUCUUCCCACGGUGCUAGCGUGGAGUGACCAGUUCAUGCCGGUAACCGGAAGUGUCAUCUCAACGUGUCUUGUUGCAUCCGGUAUCGGGGAAAUCUUGAUACCGUUUAUUGGCGGGAAAUUAUUUGAUUCUGAAGGACCAGGAUCUCUGAUGACGUUGAUGCUUGUCACAGUUGUAUACGAGAUUGCGGCUUUUGUGGGAUUAGUGAUUGUAGGAAACUUCAUCCGUCAAAAAACAGAUAAUAGAGAUUGUUGAUGACAGAUUUUUAUUAGAUGUUUAGUCCAGUUACGAGAAUAUAACAACCAAUAAUAACUACGGGUUUAGCGUUGUUGUGCUCUGUUCAGUUUUGGUGACCCAUCCCCUCGUAAAUGGAAUAAAAUUAUGACCAAACACUCGUCAAACACAUACCGUGACUCAGAUACGUUCCACACAGCGACAUUUUUUUGAGAAAAAUACACAUCCGCCUUCGCGAUUAUAUAACGAUAUAAAUAUUGCGGGUUUCUUUUGCCCUCAUAGGAUCUUGUUUCUCAAUCAAAAUUGCGGUCACCACGCCAACGUUGCCCCCCCCCCCCCUCCCCACCGACAAUGAAGAGUGUUUAUAGAGAAAAAAAUAGAGUUUAACGUCCACUCGACACAAACUAGGUCAUUUCGGGACUAACAUAUGGUUCAAUUUUAUUUACAUGAUUCGCUUGCGCUUAGCAGUCUAAAGAAACGGGAGAACCUGAAGAAAAUCCCCGAGGUUGGACAGGCGACUCUACUCCUUGUCACAUAUAACCCGGGAAUCAAAACCACGCCAGUUGAUUCAAUAACAGACCUUAGGAUAAACUAAUCAUUCGGCCAUCCAACCCCCCAAGAGUGUUUAUAGUUUAAAAUCAUUACACACCCGACAAUGGACAGUGUUUAUGGUUUAAAAUUGUGGUACACCCGAUAAAGGACAGUGUUUAUAGUCUAAAGUGGAGGUACACUCGAUAAUGGACAAUGAAAAUGCGCAUUGUAAAGAUGUUGAGGUACACCCGAAAAUGGACAGUGUAAAGAUGUAGUAGUACACCCGAAAAUGGACAGUGUAAAGAUGUAGUGGUACACCCGAUAAUGGACAGUUUAAUGGUGUAGUGGUACACUCGAUAAUGAACAGUGUUAAGGUGUGGUGGUACACCUGAUGAUGGACAGUGUAAACGUGUGGUACCAUCCAUAAUGUUUAUGAAAAUGAAUUUUGUGAUGAAAACAUUUAGGAUAUGGUGUGAACCCGAAAAUGGCCCAUUUUGAUGUUUGCAUUGAUAAGACAUAUUUACCCAUUAUUAAAUAUCAAUGAACAUGUUUUAAAGCUAACGCAUUGUUGUUGAAAUUUUGCAUUUAAGAUAUGUUGAUUAACAUAUUAUGUUGCUGAUCGUGUGACUACCGUUUAAUGUCACUAGCUCAUCUACAAAACCGAUCCCCGCCCUUAAAACCUGUUACAAGAGCAAACAUGUACAUCCCUCAGAAACACCAUAGGCGACGUGACACGAGCCAUCGCAGUUCAGUAGAUUUUCUCAUUACGCGCAAAUGAAUUAUUGACAUAAAAUUAUAUACCAUGUUAGUCCCAAAAUGACCUAGUUUGUGUGGAGUGAACUUUAAACCUCAUUUCUCUCUCUCAAGUCAAAAUUUUAAUCAUCCUUGGAACAUAUUAACUUUGUAAAGUUGUCCAUACAUAUGCAUCACCAUCUAAAUCAUUCUUUCUAACUACUAAAUGGAAUAGAUUAAAUUUGUAAAAAUGUCCAUAUACUUCAAAUGGGGUAUUAAUAAACGGGACAUUUUAUCCCAAUUUUC